AUGGAAGUUAGAACCCCAACUUGCAACAUCGACCAGUACGCUGCAAAACUCUUCAAGGUGUACUCGGACACCGUUUUCGCUGAUGACUAUGAGGGUCUCCUCAAGUUCUACGACGAUAGUGCCGUGUUAAUCGAGAAGGGAAAGGAGAGUUUUUAUGGAGUGGAGUCUAUCAUCAAUGCCAUCAAGGCUUACCAUGCUGGUUUGGGACCAGGAACAACUAAGAACUCGGAGUUCAAGGUCGAGUACACCGACAACGUGAUCACCAUUCGCUGCAAGUAUUGCGUGCAGUCCGUUCUGUCUCAUGAGACCUGGGAGGGUGAAUACAUUCAAUACUGGAGAAGCGAGAUCGGUCAAAUGCCAAAAAUCAUCCGCGACGAAUUCAGCAUUGAUAAGAGAUACUAA